AUGGGCUACGAGAACGAUGACUCCGAACAGGCCCACAACGACGAAUUGCCGGAAGAAAUGGAGACUGUCGUCCUCGAUGAGCCUUCCACCGCCACCAUCAGCGAAGCUCUUUCCUCCGAUUCUCCAUCACGGGUCAUGAGUUCUAGAAUUCCUAACUCUUUCAACUCCUUCCUUCAAACCCCAUCCUCCGCCGAAGCUGUCUUCAGAUCCUUCGACGGAGAUCACUCCCACGACGGCGAAUUGAACGGCCACAAUAGCUCUGGCGAAACUUCGACCUCGUCGGCAUUGUCGACAACCGAGUAUUUGAGAAUUUCGGUCUCUGAUCCGCAGAAAGAGCAAGAUUUCGCGAACUCGCUCGUUCCCGGCGGAAACACUUAUUACACGUACCUAGUCACGACACGGACGAACAUACCGCAGUUCGGCGGAUUCGAAUUCAGCGUCCGGCGGCGGUUUAGAGAGUUUGUGACGUUGUCAGACCGAUUAUUGGAGGCGUAUCGAGGGUUUUUUGUACCGGUUAGACCCGACAAGAGCAUGGUGGAGGGCCAGGUGAUGCAGAAGCAAGGAUUUCUGGAGCAGAGGAGGGUGGAGUUGGAGAAGUACCUGAGCAGGCUCGCUGCUCAUCCACUGAUCAAAAGAAGUGACGAACUGAGAUUGUUUUUGCAGGUGGAGUGGAAGUUUCCAUUGGUUCAGACCAGGGAUGUGGCUUCGAGGAUGUUUGAUGGGGCGGUGAAGCUUCCCCAGCAGCUGUUCAGAGAGACCGCCGGAGCUUUGGACCCGAAGGAGGCGAGUCAGCCUGCGAGAGUGGGGAGUGAUUUGCUGAGGAUCUUCAAGGAGUUGAGGCAGUCGGUUGCCAAUGCUUGGGGGAAGAAGCCGGCGGUAGUGGAGGAAGAUGAAGAGUUUUUGGAUAAGAAAAAGAAGGUGCUAUAUUUAGAACAGCAGCUCAGUAAUGUGUCCGUACAGGCUGAAUCGCUGGUCAAAGCUCAGCAGGACAUGGGAGAGACAAUGGGGGAAUUGGGCAUGGCAUUUGUCAAACUAACAAACCUGGAGACCAAAGAAGCCACUUACGAAUUUCAAAUAGCAAGGGCUGCUGACAUGAAAUAUGUGGCAACUGCUGCUGUGAAAGCUAGCAGAUUGUAUAGAGAGUUAAAUGGACAGACUAUCAAAUACUUGGCUAAACUCCAUGAAUACCUUGAGUUGAUGUUGGCCAUCAACAAUGCCUUUUUGGAUAGAUCAAAUGCUUUGUUGACUUUACAGACCCUUUUGUCAGAGCUAUCUUCCUUGAGUUCAAGGAUUGAAAAGCUUGAAGCUGCUUCGUUGAAAGUAUUUGGUGGAGACAGGUCAAAAAUUCGCAAAAUAGAAGAGUUGAAAGGAGCAAUCACAGUUACUGAGGGUGCUAAAGAUUGUGCUUUCAAAGAAUAUGAACAAAUAAAGGAGAACAAUAAGAGUGAACUUGAAAGGCUAGACAAAGAGAAGCACAAUGACUUCUUGGGCAUGUUGAAAGGUCUUAUAGUUAAUCAGGUACUUUUCUCCUCUCUUGCUGUAACUUGUUUUAUGAAUUUUUAG